UGCGAGAAAAAAUUGUUCAGUUACUUACGGAACGAAUACGAUCAUCACGUCUCUUAAAAUAAUUAAAAGUAAUUAAUAAAAAAAUAAAACAGUAAAAUAUCAAAGACUUAAAAUUUUGCAAAUUUCUGAACUAAAAUACAACGCAUUUUACGCGGGAAAAUGACGUCAAAUGGCAAAGGGCUCCAUAACGGUGACACAGUGUCAAUAGAAGUUAAUAAGCGGGCACAAGGGAUAGUGGCAAGAAUGGCAAGGAACUACCUAAGAGCAGUAAAGGAAAGUCAGGAGCGAUCGACAGUGUCCGCUACUAAGUCUGGUCUGCCUAGACUGGAGUCAUUAGAGAGAGUGUCUCAAAUUCCCAUAGUGGAAUCCGGCAUAGGUGUGACAGAAAAGAUUUAUUCAAGAAUACGGGAGUCAAACGCCCUUAUCCGAUGGUACUUCACCCUGGGUGAAAAAUCCCUAGGCAUCGGAGUUCAACUCGCGUUACCAGCUGUCCAACUGCUAGAGACUCCCAUCCACCAGCUGGAUAGAUUCCUCUGCAAAAGUCUUGAUGUUGUCGAAAAACAAGUACCCUCCAUAUAUCUACCGCCGCAGGCCAUAUACACAGAAACUCGUCGGUUCGUAAUACGACGCGCAGAUUCCGUCAAGCAGCUUGGUACAGCAGUGCUUGACUCCAGGGUGACAGCAGUCACUGCUACAGCCCUGGACCGGGCUCUGACCACAGCUGACAAGUAUGUGGACAAGUACUUGCCACCUGAUCAACAGGAUGCUUCUGAUGUAGUGGUGAUCAUAGUGACAAGCGCGGAGUCUGUAGAGAGCGGCGACGGAUCUGGGCGGGCGAGGGCGGAGCAGGCUUUGCAACAUGGCGCCAGAUUCGGGAGGAAACUGCAGCGACGACUCACCAGACAGGCUCUGGCCGAAGCCAAGGCUAUUAAGGAGCAGAUACAUGUGCUGGUGUAUGUCGCUGAGUUGGUCGCCAAGGACCCAGUACUUGCCUGGAAAAAGGCUAAAGAAUUGUACGCUUCCCUCUCACAAUCAGAACCGGAGAACCAAGCCAGGCCAGCCACCUUGGAAGAACUGGUGGUCCUUCUUGCCAGAGAAACCGCCAGGAAGGUCGUACACCUGAUCAAUUACACACAUUCCGAUCUUCCAAAAAAUGUCCGCCAAGGUUUGUCAGUGGUAACUAGCCAUUUGUCAGCCGCCGCUGAUGCUCUUUUAAAGGGAAAUGGGACUACUAUUAAUUUUUAUUACAUGCAGAAAACCCCCGUCGAAAACGCCAUCACUGAAGUGAGGACUUGGAGCAUUAAACUGACAACCCUUUUACAGCAGCUACAGGAUUCUUCCAAAUCCUACCUUGAACACUUGGCUAUGUUUUUGGCUGGCAAUGAAGAGCGAGAGAAAAUUACACCGCGCUCUGUGUUUCAGCAACGAGACGACUUGGCGUCAUUCAAUGGUGUUAACUAGGAGCCAUCUGUUCAUUUUAUUCAAUUGACAUUAGUUUAUGUUCGUAAUUAUUGUUACCAACUUGAUAUUGCAAUCUAUAAUCACCAAAACGAUUUCUUUGGUGGAAAUAACUUUCUCUUCUAAGAAAUCUUUAUUUAUUUGAUUUAUUUUAUGAAAUUGUUAUUAAUGUUUUCCAAUGUAUCUUGUUGAUUCAAUAUAAAGAAUGACCAAUUUUACAAAAUGAUUCCAAAGUUCACUAUUUAUUAUUAUGUAAAAUACGAGUAAAGUAAUAUUAUAUCACUUCUGUUUUACCUAUUUAUUAUGUACCUAUUUUCGUAUUACGACAACAUAUUAUCUAGUUCGUAAGAAAAAUUGAAUUAAAUUAUUUUUAUUAAAAAG